UCUCUUUCUCUGGUUCUGGCCCCUUUCUUUCUGUUUCUCCGCUUCUGCCUGUUUUCCAUUUCCCUGGGUUUGUGCCUCUGCCUUUAUGUUUUCUCUCCGUCUCUCCGCCUGCCCCGCUGUGGGAGUCUCUCUCUGAGUUCCUGCGUCUUCCUGGUCCCCCGCCCUCAAAUUCGGACAGCGCCCCCAGCCCGGGUCGGAGGCACGGGGCCCCCACCGGGGCUCGUGAAUAGUUUCCUAGACCUGGUAAAAGAAGCGAAACCCUCCUCCUACCUUCCGCCUGCCCCGGGGGACUGGCCUGGGUCAUCCCCCUGGAAUUGAGUCUGGGGCAGGGGAGCCAGCCUUUCCGGGGGCUCAGUUUUCUUAAGCGUUCCACCCCCGCGAGGCGGCCUGGACAACUGGGCUGUGCUGCCAGCCACCUGCCCGCCCCGCUCCCUGGGCGGGGCGAUUCUGCUCUUUUACACGCCGCAGUAAAGGGGGCAGCUGGCCGCCUUGGCGUGGCCAGGGGGUUGGCCGGCACCCGGGGAGAAGGGCACAUUUUCAGCCUUUCCGAGGUCCUCGCCCAGCUGGAGGACACCAGCCUGUAACUACGGGAACCCCAGGAAAACAGAGCCUCCUGGACCCUGCUGGCCUCACCUGCAGUCUGUACUCAGUUCAAGGGCUCCAAAGGUCACGGGCACGAUGCUUCGGGUCCUGGUGGGGGCUCUCCUCCCCGCCAUGCUGCUGGCUGCUCCACCGCCCAUCAACAAGCUGGCACUGUUCCCGGAUAAGAGCGCCUGGUGCGAGGCCAAGAACAUCACCCAGAUCGUGGGCCACAGCGGCUGUGAGGCCAAGUCCAUCCAGAACAGGGCGUGCCUGGGACAGUGCUUCAGCUACAGCGUUCCCAAUACCUUCCCGCAGUCCACAGAGUCCCUGGUGCACUGCGACUCGUGCAUGCCGGCCCAGUCCAUGUGGGAGAUCGUGACCUUGGAGUGCCCUGGCCAUGAGGAGGUGCCCAGGGUGGACAAGCUGGUGGAAAAGAUCCUGCACUGCAGCUGCCAGGCAUGCGGCAAGGAGCCCAGUCACGAGGGGCUGAGCCUCUAUGUGCAGGGCGAGGAUGCACAGGGCUCCCAGCCCGGCCUCCACUCCCACCCGCACCCUGGCGGGCAGCCCCCCGAGCCCGAGGAUCCCCCUGGGGCCCCCCAUGCAGAGGAAGAGGGGGCUGAGGACUGAGGCCCCCGACUCUUCCUCCCCUCUCGUUCCCUGUGGAAUGUGGGGUCUCACCCUCCCGGGGAAGAGUUGGGGGAGAGGCUGAAGCCCCCCUUUGGCACUGGAUGGACUUGGAUUCAGACUUGGACUUGGAAUGCUUCCCGGUUGCCACGGAGAUCUGAAGGGGGUGGGACUGGCGCCAAGCUGCACAAUUUAAUAUAUUCACGAGUUGGGGGGAAGAAGCAGAGGUGUUCAGGGUUCUUCAUCGGAGGGGGGUUCUCUUCUUUUCUGCCUCCUAGACAUGUGCCCUGGGGAGGGGGAUAGUUGGCUAAGCUGCUGAGUUGGGGUGAGGCCGUCCAAGACGCGCCAAGGCCCGCACGGCCCCUCGGUGGGGCCGGGCCCUGAGCUGGGGUUGGGCGCCUUGCCCGUGGCAGCCCUGAAGCAGGGCUAGGAAGACCACUGGCAGAAAGAAGCAGGACGCUCCAGCCCCACCGGCUUCCCCAAAGGCCUCGCACCCCCGUCCCCAGGGCAGCUUCUCCCCGGUGGCCCUCCCUCAGCGGCAUGGUUGGGAGUCAGGCCUGGGCAGGACCCUGCUGCCUCCCGGCCCUGGAGCUGGGAGCCAGGCUCCCUGCCUGCCUUGGCUUUCGGGGGGGCGGGGAGGAAGGCAGGGGAGGAGGAGCCUUGCUGGGCCAGGGGGAGGGGAUGAUGCCCUCGACCAGAGGGCAUCCUUCCCUCCUCGCCCUCUCCCAGAUCUUAGUGCCUCUCCCUGCCCCCCAGGUUCUAGGCCCCUCAAAGCUGAUGGAGCCAGCCUCACCCUCUUGGGAAGCUCUUUCUGAAUAUCGGAUGCUGGGGAGGGGUCUCCCUUCCCCGGAGGUUCCCAGGAGGGACCUGGGUGGGAUGGAUUCUGGAUGAGCCUCAAGGAACGAGGAAGAGGAGGGGUGAGGGCGCGUGGGGCGGCUGUGUUCACUGUGGCUCUGCAGCUGCCAAGUCCCCUCCCCCCACUCCUCGCAGCCGCACUUUAGCCCUAGAGGGGGUGCGGGGCCCCGGGGUGGGGGGCUGGGCAGGCGGGCAGGGAAGAACGCCCCUCCGUACCCGCAGCUGCCUGCGUCUGCUCUUCUGUCCCAGGGCUGCUGCCAGCCCCGCCAGCCCCCUGCCUGGGGGCGCCCCGGCCCUCACGGCUAUUCCGACAAGAGCCUCUGGAGCUUGUAACCAGUAGGAUGGACCCCGAGUUUUCUCAUGAAUAAAUUCGUUCAACACCUGUGUUCUCUUCCUCACA